AUGUCUAGUAGUGCGAGUCGCCCCGUAGCGGACCAAUCCAAUUCGACUGCCCUCGCCAUUACCACUGGCGCUCGGACGAUCCCAACCCUGCCAUUCGGUAAACAACUUGCCCACUCGUUCACCUUUAACAUAUUCAACCUGCUCUGGGCGAGACCCGUCUCCGAAGACAAACCCGACAUGCCGUCAAAGAAGGACACCGCCGCUGCUGCGAAGCCUGCGAAUGGCACUGCAACCAGGCGCUUUGAGCUUCCAGCCCUCGACCUGAAGUUAGGCGCGCUGACCGACGGAACGGACAUCCCUCCGCCCCUCCCUUCGCCGAUACGAGAGGAGGCCGUCCCCACGCCGCCAGACACCCCGAAAGAGGCCGUCAAGUCGAAUGGCACCACAACGGCCGCCGCCGCCGCUGCUGUUGCUGCUGCGGCUCCUGUCCCACCCAUCGCGACUAUUGCCGGUGUAAAACGCCCGGCCGAAGACAAUCCCGCCUCCCCAACCUUGUCGGCGCGACCCGGAAGCAUUCGCCGCCUCUUUAGCCGCGGGCUUUUGAACUCGGCCUAUGUGGAGGGAGAGGGAGUGGAAGCGAGCAAAAGGACAUCGCGGCCUCCUAGCAGGGGUGCCAGCAGUGUGGCCGAUUCUCGGAAAGUGAAGCGGUCGAGUGGCUGGUUUAGCAGAUUCCGGAGCGACAAAACUCCACUUUCUCCGCCCGCGACAGACGAGAAGAAGCCCACCGGGCCGCCGCCACCAAUGAUCCCGGAACUGACGGAGCUCAAGUCGAGCGACGACGCCAAGGACGAGGAUGGCUUUGGCACCGAUCUGUUCAAGGACAUCAAAUAA